AUGGAGGCGCGAGACCUCGACGAGGCCGCGUCCAUCGCCUUUUCUGCCUUCAAUGCGUUCAACGAGAGCGUCGGCCUGGCUCCAGAGUUCCCACCUCGCGAGGUUGUCGACGUCCCCAAGUACCUCUAUUCGAGCGGGCUGGAGCGCCCAGGCUUUGACGUUUUCGUUGCCGUCGACGAGGAGGGCACGGUGGUAGGUGCCAACAUGCUCGAGUACCAGGACGGCAUCGGCGGCAUCGGCGGCAUCGGCCCGAUCGCGUCCAAGCGUCCCGGCGCUGGCAAACUGCUGAUGCAGGCAGUGAUGAAGGCGGCCGCUGAGCACCCGGCGUGCCCUCGGCGCACGUGUAUCGAGUACGUCGGCUCGGGCUGCUGCACCGCCGAGGCCCCGGCGGGCUUUGUCGUCAAGCCGCUCGCCGCGUCGGACGUCGAGGAGUGCUCGGCUCUGCACGAGCAGGUGUGCGCGUCCCGGCGGAUGGGAGACAUCGGUUCCGCGGUGGGGGGCCCGCAUCCGAACGCCGUCGCGCGGGACGAGGCCGGCAAGGUCGUGGGGUAUACGACGGGCUCGUACCUCUCUGGGCACACUGUGGCGCUGAGCGAGGAGGCGCUGCAGGCGCUCGUUGUCGCUCAGUCGGCCGCCAUCGCAGCGGCGCAAGCGGCUGGAGCGCCGAUCCCGCCGCCGACGCUCUUUGUGCCGCAUCAGCACUCGGCCUUUGCUCGCUGGCUCGCCAGGAACGGCUUCUUGCUGACGAGGCAGAUCGCCUCCAUGUCCUAUGUGGGCCGCUCGCCGAGCCUGCCGGCUUCUACCUGCCGAGCAUUCAGUACUGACACAACGACUCGCGCGCCUCCCUGCUCUGCUCGCAGAGCGCAAACCGCACAUGUCCCGUGUUGGCGAUGGCAUCUGCUUAGCGUCUAUAUCGGCGUCGCGUUCCACGGUCGAUUUACGAUUGGUGUGAGGAGAGUGUGUGUUGUGUAUACUUCACUCUUUUACUCUGCCGUUCAUUAUUCAUUACAGCUGUGUACAGUGUCACC